UGGCUCCGUUUAAGAAAAUCUAGAAAAAGUUGUGUCUCUGCUACUUCGUCAGGAAAUAAAUUCGGCUAACUAGCCAAGAAUCUGGUGUUUUAAUCUUGUUCUCAAACGUUACAGUUGAAGUUAAAGCCGUUAACACUUGCUGUACUAAACAGCUAGUUGAUUUACUUACUCUGGCAAGACAGCGACGAUGACUCGAAACGGAAGACGACGUAGUCGAAGUAGAAGCCCCAGAGGCCGGGGCGGUCCACCAGCUAGUCGCUAUGAGAUUGGCAAACUGCAAUCACUUCGCCCUGUGCAAUGGUCUCAAGUAAAGCUUGAAUCAAUCGUCCGGGAACCGUAUCGGUCGAAGGCGACCUAUCGUCGAACUGAACGCGAAGUUUCCGAAUGGCGCCGAUCGAAGGAAAUCACGACCAAGGGUCGCGAAAUUCCCGAUCCAAUUUUCACAUUCGAAGAGUCUGGCUUCCCAGCGGAAAUAAUCGACGAACUGCGGUACGCCGGGUUCACCUCUCCAACACCGAUUCAAGCCCAAGGAUGGCCGAUAGCUUUGACUGGUCGCGAUAUGGUCGGCAUAGCUAAGACGGGUUCUGGAAAAACCCUGUCCUAUUUGAUACCGGCCCUUAUUCAUAUCGAUCAACAGCCGCGUUUACGUCGAGGCGAUGGUCCGAUAGCACUCAUUCUUGCUCCUACGCGCGAGCUCGCCCAGCAGAUAAAACAAGUGGCGGACGAUUUCGGGCGCGCGUUGAAAUAUAAGAAUACCUGUCUUUUCGGCGGUGGCAAAAAGCGCAAGCAGCAGGAAGACCUAGAGUAUGGCGUGGAGAUUGUAAUUGCCACGCCCGGCCGACUGAUCGAUUUCCUAUCGGCCAAUCAAACUAACCUACGCCGCUGCUCGUAUCUGGUACUGGACGAGGCCGAUCGGAUGCUCGAUAUGGGCUUCGAGCCGCAAAUACGCACAAUCAUUGAGCAGAUUCGACCUGAUCGUCAAACUUUGAUGUGGUCAGCCACCUGGCCAGACGUGGUUGCCCGCCUGGUGAAGGACUAUCUGAAAGACUAUGCCCAGAUUAAUGUCGGGUCGCUGAAGCUUGCCGCCAACCACAACAUACUGCAGAUCAUAGAUGUGUGCCAGGAGUAUGAAAAAGAGUCCAAGUUGAGCAUCUUGCUGCGCGAAAUAAUGGCGGAGAAGGAGUGUAAAACUAUCAUUUUUAUUGAAACGAAGAAACGUGUGGAUGAUAUCACGCGAAAGGUGAAGCGUGAUGGAUGGCCUGCUCGCUGUAUCCAUGGUGACAAAUCGCAGAAUGAACGCGAUACUACAUUGAACUCAUUUCGUUCCGGAAGGACUCCAAUUUUAAUCGCAACCGAUGUCGCAGCGCGCGGAUUGGAUGUGGACGACGUAAAGUUUGUCAUCAACUUUGACUUCCCAACCACGUCGGAGGACUACAUCCAUCGGAUUGGGCGCACUGGUCGAUGUAACAACACCGGGACGGCGUACACAUUCUUCACUCCGAACAAUGCCGCCAAAGCGCGUGAUCUGAUCGAUGUGCUCAAGGAGGCCAAACAGGUGAUCAAUCCGAAGUUGGUCGAGUUGGCAAACAUGAAGGUGAAGAACAGAGGAAAUCGCCAUAUGAUCUCGCGUUAUCCGCGAGAACGAAGAGCAUCGCGUUCACGAUCCAGGUCGAAAUCGCGCUCACCAAUCGCCAGUCGUGGUCGGGCCGGUCGCUCCCGAUCACGAUCGCCACUUCGUCGCUCGUCGAUUGAUCGCCGUUCUCCAGCACGCCGCGAUACUAGGACGAGAGGAGGGUCCGUGGGUCGACGCAGUGGGUCGCGUGAUGCUCGACGCACCCGCAGUCCACGACGCAGUCGCAGCGAUAGCCGACGCCGGAUGUUACCCGUGACCCGGAAAGCUUCCCGUUCGCCACCACCGAGCCGCAGUCCGGUAGCGAGCCGUCGCAAUGGCCGGGAUCGCGAUCAGAGAAACGGUCGUUCGGUGAGCCGUGAUCGUGAGCGCGAUCGUGAGCGGGAGCGCGAACGAGAUCGGGAACAGCGUGAUCGUGAUCGUGAAAGGGAUCGUGAUCGUGAUCGUGAUCGGGACCGUGAUCGCCGUCGGCGCAGUCGUAGCCGCAGCCGCAGCCGAAGUCGUAGCGGUGGUCGUCGGUACGGGGCGGGUAGCAAUGGAAAUGGGCGGGCUUCUUCGUACGAUCGGUACUAGGCGGGAGUAACCCAGCUGCAAUCCAGUGAAACGACGGCAACAACGAAUCGCUUGACCAACAUUGCUUUGGAUGUCCUUGGUACAAAUUGAAGGGAAUGCGGAAACUGAAAGAAUUUACCUUUUAUAAACAACCUCACGGUGCAUUCGAACGCAACCCUGCAUCACAAUGCACAUUCAACCAACCUCCCUGCCACGCCCCAUCAUCCCAUUUUACCAUUUUCAAUUUGGUACGCCAAAUUUCAAUCACUAUUUUAAUGAAAUGUGAGGUUUACAAGAACAACAAUGAACAAUCGAAGAAAUUCCUACGACAUUAGGUGAGGAAAAGCGGUAAUCAAAGAUGUAAGCAGCAUCAUAAAACAACUCGUCCCUGCACUUAAAAGCUGGGAUGCCAUCAUUUAUGUUUGUGAAGAUCGAAACAUAACGAUAGGUUAAUAUGAGCAGCAGUUAUUUUCUAUACAAAAACAACAUUAAUCUGCAUUAAUAGGAUAUUUGAUUUAUGAAUAUGCAUUUUUCUAAAGGUCACUAUUCUGGUAAAGUUAGGACGACAUGCAAAGAAGUAUCCUGGAACGCGUUCAAGGUAUACACACGCGUAAAAUGUAUUAGAUAUCGAAUUCUUUGAUUAAAUCAUUGAGCACAGGAGGAAGCAGAUUGAACGAUUGUUCGUUAUUUUAAUUCUAGUGAGAUAGUAGCAGUGGAACGCAGGUGGCACCUAUAAGGACAUUGAGCCAGCUAUAGGCGGUUCCUAGAUGAAGGUUCGUUGCAAAACCACCCACCCUUAAAACCCAUUCCUAUGGCCCCGGUUCAUGCAUAAGUAUAUGAUACGUGUACAUCUACAUGUUAAAGCCUUCACAUGUCACAAGUGUUGAUCCAUCUUAAAUGUAAAAAUUAACCUAUUGGUCGCGAUUGAAUACUUUUUCAAUUUUUUUCUUCUCAUAGUUCUUAUCUAUUACUUCAAUGGCAAAUUCUCUACCUAUGUUUAUCUUAAUGUUUAUCAUUUAGUUUAGUUUGUUUAGAAAUUCUCAUUGAGCAUUGGAAUUCAAAAUAAAUAAAAUAAAAUUUUGAUUUCGAAGACUUUUAGGCUGCAUACAUGUAUUUCGUGCUCUGGCGAGAAACGAAUGGCCAGGUACAUCCACAUUACUGUGUUUAAUUUAGUCUAAUAAAUGUUUGGCGAGAAACGAAUAGCCAGGUACAUCCACAUGACUGUGUUUAAUUUAGUCUAAUAAAUGUUUCGAUAUGAAUAAAUGUACGAACAUGUAACACUGUA